AUGGGGCAUCCUUUUGGGGAUAAAGUUCUCUGCAUAGUAGUUCCCCGAUCAAUUCCUUUUUUUGGUGGAGUCUUGGGAAUGAAUCGCCUCCUAAGUUUGUCAGAACUAUAUCCCUAUUAUGUGGAUAGCAUUGGCUCAGAUUUCAGUAAACACUUGAGCGAAGAGGCAUGUUGUCAAUUUUGGACUUCUGAGUCUCCAUUUUCACAGUUAACGCUAUACAGUUCUGUUGUAUGGAGAAUCCACUAUGAAACCGAGGCUGUGAAGACGGAUAGCAUCUUGAAUAUUGAAUAUGAAAUCAUGGGUGAUAGAGCCGUCGGUGCCCAUAUACCUGUGAAUAUAAAACCUGACGGCAAAGGUGAGCUAUUGUUUAAGAUCGCGCUCGCCUUACAGCGACCGGUGCUUGAUCCUUGUCUGGCGGUUGGAUUUCUUCCCUUCACUUCUGAUUGCCUGAGAGUUGGACAGCUAGUCCUUAUGAGAUGGAGACUCGAAAGGUUGAAAUAUCCAGAGGAAACUCCAUCAUCUUUGGCCAAAGAUGAGCUAUUCUAUGAAGUAGAUGCUAAUCCAGAGAACUGGAUGAUUGCUGGGAGGAAACGGGGGCAUGUAUCUUUGGCUUUAACACAAGGUUCAAGGGUAGUUAUCACAGUGAGUUGCUUGCCUCUUGUCUCUGGUUAUGUUCAUCCUCCCCAGCUCGGACUUCCUGGUGUCUCUGAAUCCAACAUAAGCUGCAAUCCUGCUGGGCCCCACCUAGUCUGUAUAUUGCCUCCAACUUUGAGUUCUUCCUUCUGUGUUCCAGCUUGAUGUUCUGACCAUUACAGAAUCCUUAAAUCUACUUCGAAUUCCUCUUGUCUGCCGGAUUAGAUCUGGAUUCUUCUGGUUCAGUCUUGUUGCGUUUUGUUUCGUAAAAAGCUGUUAUGAACUGGAGAAAUCUAAGGAAAAUAGAGGAAGCAGAGAACAUUUGAAAUUUUUUUUAUGAAAUUCAAGAAUUUUUGUUUUAGCCCUCCCAAUGUAAAGAUUGAGAAGAUAGAAAGAUUGUU